CGCAUUUUGAAUGCAGCAUGGAAGUCAGAGGAUCAAAGAAAUGUUUUCUUCUUUAAAGGGCAGAGUAUCGAUUCCAAGUAUGAAAUAUCUGUUCAUUAUUUUGGCUACAUUUGCCACGGCUUCUGCAGCAGCUUUACCACAAUCCCAGAACGAGCUCCACCAUCUCCGUGGAAAGAGGAGCCCAGAAUAUUCCCCGGUCAAUGCUGAAGAGAGCAUGGAUGAAAUCAAUCCUGUCAAACUGAUCAAAGCAGGAAGCAACCUAAUCAACAUCCUGGAGCAGUUUCUGAGCAGUAAGGCGAACGCGACGCCCGUCUUUACUUUCGAUCUGGGUGAUUUUAUAACAAACAACCUCGAUCUUUUUCCUGACAUCGCAAAAAUCCUUAAAUCGGCGGGAAAAGAAUUUGGCAUCGAUGACCCCAACGACCUGCUCGAUGCAGGGAGUAAUAUUUUAAGUAUCAUCUAUCUGGUCUUAAAUGGAAAAAAUAGCACCAUGCCAAUUAUUUCUGUAGCGCUUGCUAAAUUCAUUAAAAAGAACCCUGACCUCUUCCCAAUUUUCACAAGAUUCCUUAAAUCCUCGGAAAAAGAAUUUGGAGUUAUGGACCCUGUGGAGCUGAUUAAAGACGGAAGUAAAGUCAUAUAUACGAUUGAUCACGUUCUAAACCAAGGGGAAAACACUCUGCCAUUCUUUGGUUUCAGUCUUGCAGACUAUAUUAAAAACAAUCUAGAUCUUUCUCCAGCGUUGAGGGCAAACUUGAGCACCGCAGCUUCAGAUCUCAGGGACUUCAUCAAUAAUUUAGUAGACGUUAUGCUAAAAGGCAAAGAAGAUGAUUGGGACAUCUUUGCUCAUUAUAGUGAAAUCUUCAAGAAACUCAAGCAAGAAGGCUUGACACUAACGUGGGUUUAAAUAGAAAGUAGAUCUAGAAACAGUAAUUUGAAGAAAUUACUUUUUUUUUUUUUUGCGUACCAGCUAACAUUGUUGAAUGUAGAGGGCAGGAUAUAUAAGUUUUUAUAACGUUCAUUUAAGAAGAUAAUAAAAUUGAAGUUUUUUUUCAGCGGCUUUUUUUUUUAAUGUAUUUUUAUCAUUAUAUUUUAUACAAUUAUCUCUAUAUAUAAUUAUCUGCUUCGCUCAACAGUUUGG